AGUGACUCCUCCGAACAGUACUACUACACGUAGUAAAAUGUGAAUUAAGACGAGCAUUUUCCAACACCGUCCUGAGCUACACGGUGGCAGUGCGUCUUUGAAAUGUGCUGUUCAAUGUUCAGAACAGGCUUUCAAUGACUUAUGUCAUUCAACCCGACUUCUUUUGGGUUGAAUUUAUCAGUAGAAACGAAACAACCCGAGGAGAAGUGAAAAUUGCGAGUAUCUGUCUAUAAAAUACCUGCACGCUAUGGCUUUGCAUUACUCACUGCAAACUCCAUGAUGUUCACUUGUCGUAUCACUAUCCUUAUGCUGCUCACCUUCCUCGCUGGUGCCAACGCUGGAUGCGCAACGUGUCCGCAAUCGUUGGAUGUCGACGGUGUAGCGAUCUACGAACUAGUCACUAGCUAUGUGAAGACCGAAAACGGGUUCACAGAGUGCAGCUACGUGGAUAAGUUGGGCGACGUGGUGACUUGCGAGUAUACGGUACGUGAUUUCUGGAUGCUGAGCAGCUCGUCGUUCUCGUUUGACACGUUGGAUGGUCAUCAGGAUGGCGGCGAGUUAAAGAGUGGGGAUGAGAAGUGCCCGAAAAUUUCAAGGAAGGAUGACUAUGGAUGCUAA